AUGUCCUCACUACAGACCGUUAACACUUCUAACAUUCCGUCGAUGAAUGGUACCGAGACAAGUUCCUAUAUAGUAUCAGAGCAGCCAAAGUCGUUCACAUACAAGUCUCCAGAUGGUCAAUUUAGAUACCCACUAUUUAGCUGCUGCGGGCGAUUUGGUACUUCAUGCCAAGCAAUGUUCUGUCCUUGCUGCGUCAUUCAGUCAAUCCAAGAUGGAAUGAAAGAAGGCAGCUCAUGUCUUUGGUGUCUUCUUUAUGCUGGUUCUUAUUACCUCCCCUUGGGCGGUUCUGGUUACUUCAGUUUUUCCAUUUGGAAGUAUGCUUGUCAUCAAGGCGCUUCCUCUCUUUCUACACUCCUCGCCGAUCCGAACAUGGUUAUAGCAGCACCAAAAUUUCCGAUUUGGAGUGCUAUUCUCGGUUCUAUCUGCUUCUUGACAUCAAUUCUCGUUCCAAAUUAUAUCGCCUGGAAGCAAAGGGUCGCUAUCCGAGAGAAACAUGGAAUCAAAGGAACCACAUUAAGCGAUAUUUUGAUCAUCUUGUUCUGCCAUUGCUGCGCCUUGGUUCAACACGAUCGAGAAGUUAACUAA